AUGAAUCGUCAGAUGUUCCAUGAAGUUUUCAAACAAAUCUCUUCAAGAAUCGAUCAAUUGAAGCAAGUUCCUUCACCUACUACUCAGUUUCAGGUGGAAAACGUUCGUUUGACUGAUCGCUUCAACACUCGCCAACAGAUCAUUGGCACGCUCUAUCUAACUGCUACACAUCUGAUAUUUAUCGAUCCAGAGGGAAGACGAGAGACUUGGAUUCUUCACUCAUUAAUAUCAUCAGUUGAUAAAUUACCAACUACGCAGCAAGGAUGUCCUCUGCGUGUUCGAACAAAACAUUUCCUUUCCGCUGAAUUGACUAUUCCGAAAGAACGUGAUUGUGCUGAUCUCUACACAACUCUUAAUCAAUUGAAACCAGAUUCCUAUGAAAAGCUCUAUUGUUUUCUGUAUCAAGCUCCCAAUUAUCUGGAGAAGAUCUGGGAUCCAUUUCUUUUGGCGACAGAAUACAUGAGAAUGGGUGUACCAAAUGCAGAUUGGAAAGUUGAAGACGGAAAUAGCAACUUUGAUCUUUGUGAUACUUAUCCACCUUUAAUCUAUGUACCAGCCAUGGCAACAAAAGCAAUGUUAAUAGGAAGUUCAAAAUUCCGCAGUCGAGGUCGCCUACCUGUUCUCACUUAUUUGCAUCCAAAUGGGGCAUCGAUAACACGUUGUUCACAACCACUGUCGGGCUUUAGUGCACGUUGUCAAGAGGACGAACAACUCUUACAAUGCAUUCUGAAAGCUAAUCCACACUCGACGACGAUGUAUAUUAUCGACACAAGACCGCGGAUUAAUGCUGUGGCAAAUCGUGCGGCUGGAAAAGGCUAUGAAAACGAAGAUUACUAUUCGAAUAUUCAAUUCAAGUUUUGUCCAAUUGAUAAUAUCCAUGUCAUGCGCGGUAGUUUACAAAAACUACUUGAAACCUGUGAAAUGAAAAAUCCAACUAUGAAUCAAUAUCUGAGUGCUUUGGACGAUUCUUUUUGGCUACAACACAUAAAAGCUGUUUUAGAUGCUGCUAUUUUAAUCACACGUGCUAUUGAGAUCGAAAAGAAAAACGUUCUAAUUCACUGUUCGGAUGGUUGGGAUCGAACAGCACAAUGUUGUUCCUUGUCGUCUCUUCUACUCUGUCCAUACUAUCGAUCGAUUCAUGGUUUUCGAAUGCUAAUUGAAAAAGAAUGGCUUUCAUUUGGACAUAAAUUUUCUGAUCGUUGUGGACACACAACAACCAGUGAUAGUAAAGAACAAUCACCUGUUUUCCUUCAGUUUCUCGAGGCUGUCUGGCAAUUGAGUCAAAUUUAUCCGACAGCAUUUGAAUUCAACGAACGAUUUCUCAUCUCCUUACACGAUCAUUCGCAUUCUUGUCAAUAUGGCAAUUUUAUUGGCAAUUGUGAAAAAGAUCGACUAGAUCUAUGUGUCAAAGAGCGAACGUAUUCAUUUUGGAAUUUCAUUUUACAGAACAUAAAUGACUUCAAAAAUCCACUCUUUCGUCCACAGUCACCUUACGCAAAUGAAGUUCUUCUUCCGACGAUCACCUCUCAAACAUUAAAAUUUUGGUUGAAUAUGUACCAUCGUUUUGAGAGUGCUCUGUUGCCUAAAGAAAACAUUUCGAAUACAUUGACACGUCUUGUUGACCAUACGACAUCGUUGAGUGACCAUGCGCAAUUAUUAGAAAAGCGUAUUCGUGAAUUGCGAUCGACGCUUGAUGCUGAUCAAAUAACAUUGAGCAGUAGUGCAACCACUACGUCGAACGAAGAUGCUGAUGAUUCCGAUAUUGAAAAAGGCAAUCAAUCAAACAAAAUUUGUCUUCCUGAGUUUGAUAGUGGUUUGAGUGACGUGGAUCUGUGCCAAACACAGCAAAGAGAUUCCAUUCCAUCGAAAAUGAAUAGAAUUCUUCAGCCACCACCGCCACCACCAUCAUUCUCUGAUGUUGAAAGUGGUUUCAGCGGAGAUUAUUCCCCACGUGGAAAGAUUCCGCUCUCCUCAUUUAUUCUUCCACAUCAAUCAAGUUUAGAUAUGAACGACAUUCCCACAUUGGAACGUAUCGCACUUGAAUUGAAUUCAAUUGCACUCGAUUGGCGCUCCUACAAUGCACCGGUCCAUUGUGAUUGCUCGUUACCGUUCGAUUCUGCUCAACGAAAAUACAAUUGCUGGCGAUGUGGAGAAAACUUUUGUACACGCUGUAUCGAACGCAGUAUACAUUUACCAGGUCUCUAUAGUAACAGUUUGGCACCAGUGUGCAAAACAUGUGCACGUUCAAUCAAAUCCUCUCCGUCAUUUGCUGAUUUUUCUGCAUUAGUCAAAUCGAAAUCCACUGAUUUUAUUCGUAGUCAAACAGCCAUGAAAUUAUCUCGAUCAAUGGUUGAUCAGUUUAAUACACUCCGGUGA